AAUAUCCCCAAUUUUUACCUUUAAUAAUUUUUAAAUAAAUCAUACCUUAUAUUUCGCGAAAUGAAUAUAUUAUUGAUAAAUCUGAUCUAAAAACGAGAAUCAUAGGCAAUUUUCGUAAUUUUUUCCGACCGCAUAAGUAAAGUUUCCCAAGUAAAGGUGGGAUCAAUUUAUUGCGAACAGUUGAUUCAUAACAACAUUGCUGAAAGUUUUCUCUAUUUAUCAAAACAAUGCUACUUAAAAACAUUUAAAAAGAACGUGUUUUGUAACACUGAAACACUAGUUUCUGAAGUAACUACUGGAUUCAUUACGAAGAUCUGCCAAUAUCUUAACACAAGAAGUUUAUCUGAUGUUAUUAAAGAAUUUUCAGAAAGAUCAGCAAUGUCAAUCCGAGAAAAAAGGCAUCAGAGGUCAUUGGACAUUUCAACAGAAGAAUUUAACCAAAAGAAUAAUAGAUAUAAAAUGGUUUCCCAAGACCCACUUACUCAGAAAAACUCAAAACAUUCCAGCUGGAGAAAAGAUAUCAAUAGUAUUUUGAUUCUAUUUUUCCUUUAUAUUCUUCAAGGUGUUCCUUUAGGAUUAGCAGGUAGCAUACCAAUGUUACUUCAGACUCGCCAAGCUAGUUACCGAGAUCAAGCCUUGUUCAGUUUUGUUUAUUGGCCGUUUAGUUUAAAACUGCUUUGGGCACCCAUUGUUGAUUCUAUUUUCAUUUCAUCACUGGGCAGGCGUAAAUCUUGGCUGGUUCCUUCUCAGUAUCUCAUUAGUAUUUUUAUGAUCUUUCUCUCCUACCAUAUAACAGACUAUCUCGGUGACAAAAGCACACCUCCAAGUAUAUAUUUUUUGACUUUUUGCUUCUUCAUUCUUAACUUUUUGGCUGCAACACAAGAUAUUGCUGUGGAUGGCUGGGCACUGACUAUGCUAUCUAAGGACAAUGUUGGCUGGGCAAGUACUUGUAAUUCGGUUGGACAAACAGCUGGAUAUUUUCUUGGAAAUGUAUUAUUUCUAGCUUUAGAAUCUCCAACGUUUUGCAAUAAAUACCUUCGUUCUGUUCCUUCAUCAGAAGGAAUUAUUACUUUGGCAGGAUUUCUUUUCAUUUGUGGUAUUAUAUUUUGGGUGACCACUUCUUUGAUACUUGUGUUUAAAAGAGAGAAACCUGAGACUGAUUCAAUGAAUCUUGGCAUCGUUGCUACUUACAAAGUGCUGAUAAAAGUAAUUCAGUUGCCAGCCGUCUUUUCACUUAGCUUAAUAUUCCUUACUUCAAAGAUCGGUUUUGCUGCUUGUGAUUCUUUGACAGGAUUGAAGCUGAUUGAAGCAGGUAUUCCAAAAGAACAGCUAGCAUUAUUUGCCAUUCCUCUCAUACCAAUCCAGAUAAUUCUUCCACUUUUAAUCAGCCGCUAUACAAAUGGUCCUAGACCUAUGGAUAUUUACUUGAAAGCUUUUCCAUGCAGGCUUCUCAUGUCAAUACCAUAUGCAGGUCUUGUUUAUAUGGCAAAUCAUGUUCAGACAGAACCCGGAGUUUUCCCCGCAUACUUUUACUUGAUUACCAUAACCUUUUAUGCCUUACAUCAGGUAACACUGUAUUGUAUGUUUGUGUCUGGAAUGGCUAUGUCAGCCAAAGUGAGUGAUCCUGCGAUUGGUGGUUCUUACAUGACUUUGUUAAAUACUGUUAAUAACUUGGGUGGCAAUUGGCCAGCUACAAUUUCUUUAUGGUUAGUUGAGAGUCUGACAAUCAAGGCUUGUUCUUCAGAUAAUAGUUCUUGUUCUGAUGCAGUAAAUGCUGAGAUUUGCACUGAAAAAGGUGGAACAUGUUUAACUAAAAUUGAUGGAUAUUACAUAGAAAUUGCGUUUUGUUUAGUCGUUGGUUUCAUCUGGUAUUUUAACAGAAGGUCUACCAUUAACCGAUUACAGAACCUUAAAGCAGACCACUGGAAAGUGCCAAGACAAUGACAUUCUUGCAGCUGGCAUAAUAUUUAGUGUUUAUUAUCAACAAAUGUUAAUAGUUCAAAAGAAUAAUAAACAUUUUAAUUUGAAAAUA